GAUCUUGCUAAGGCGGUGGCCAAGCAAUGCGUUGUUUUCAACUGCUCUGAUGGUCUUGACUACCGGGCUAUGAGCAAGUUCUUCAAAGGCCUAGCACAGGCCGGUGCUUGGGCCUGCUUUGAUGAAUUUAAUCGAAUCGAGCUGGAGGUGUUGUCUGUGGUUGCGCAACAGAUCCAUUCGAUUCAAAUGGCCAUCACCCAGGGUCUCAAACGCUUUCUAUUUGAAGGCACGGAACUAAGUCUGAAUCCAACUUGCACCAUGUUCAUUACUAUGAAUCCAGGCUAUGCUGGGAGGCAAGAGCUGCCUGAUAACUUAAAGGUUCUCUUUCGUUCGGUUGCAAUGAUGGUACCUGAUUAUGCCCUCAUUGGUGAAAUCUCUCUUUACUCCAUGGGUUUUAUUGAUGCGCGCUCGUGA